AUGGCCGACCUACCACCGGUUCGACUUGCCGCGUUUUCGCGACCAUUUACUCACGUAGGAGUCGACUACUUCGGACCAAUCGAAGUCUCUGUCGGCAGAAGAGUGGAGAAAAGAUGGGGUAUGUUGAUUACCUGUCUUACAGUUCGAGCGAUACACAUCGAAGUGGUGCACUCCCUUACUGCAAGUUCUUGCGUAAUGGGAUUGCGUAAUUUUAUUUCUCGACGUGGGGUGCCCAGAACCAUCUACAGUGACCGUGGGACCAACUUCGUCGGAGCAAACCGAGAACUGGAAACAGCGUAUGCAGCACUGAAUCAGAACGAGUUGAUGAAAGAGUUCGUGACCAGCAACACCUCAUGGGUAUUUAUACCGCCAGCGUCCCCGCAUAUGGGCGGCUGCUGGGAAAGACUCAUCAGAACAGUGAAGAAGAACUUGAUGGCUAUCCAAGUAUCCCGAAAGCCGUCUGAUGAGGUUUUGCGCAACAUGUUGACAGAGAUCGAAAAUACUGUCAACUCCCGUCCUCUGACGCACGUUCCCAUCGACGAUAUUUCUGCUCCAGCUCUCACUCCGAACGAUUUGCUGCUUGGUUCAUCCAACGGUUCUAAGCCCUUGACGAUUCCCGACGACAGUGGCGCUGCCCUGAAGCAGGACUGGCGAAUGUCACAGAUCCUUGCUAACCAAUUUUGGCGGCGAUGGUUAUCGGAAUACUUACCCGAAAUCACUAAACGAACCAAGUGGUUCUCCGAUGCCAGACCAAUAGCUAUUGAUGAUGUCGUCGUCAUAGUCGACCCGAAGCUUCCGCGUGAUUGUUGGCCGAAAGGAAGGGCCAUAGGAACUUGCGCGGGUAGAGACGGCCGUAUCCGAUCAGCAGUUGUACGCACCAUCAAUGGCGUGUAUGAGCGGCCAGUAACUAAGUUGGCUAUUCUGGACGUUCGCCGCGACGAGUAG